AUGCAAGCCCAGAGCUCCGAGAAGUCCUUGCGAAUGAAGAGCUCAAGGGUUGAAAAAGAUAAUAUCGGCGAAUUAGAACUCCCCGUCGAUGUACUAUUCGGCAUCAACACCUAUCGAUCACUCACAAAUUUCCCCCUCUCCGGUCGAUCUAUUGCAACAUGGCCGACCUUCAUAAACGCUUUCGCCACAAUAAAACAAGCAACGGCCCUUGCAAACCGUGAAAUUGGUAGCCUGACGGUGGAACAGGCAGAUGCUAUCUUCUCAGCCUGCGCAGAAAUUAAAACCGGAAAACACGACUCACAUCUUGUCGUUGACAUGCUAGAGGGUUCAGGUGGCACCUCGACCAACAUGAAUGUGAACGAGGUGAUUGCAAACACCGUGGCGAGGGCCUCUGGCCGGGAGCUUUCAGACUACAGCUUCGUUCAUCCGAAUGAUCACGUCAAUCUAGGACAGUCCACGAAUGAUGUGGUUCCCACCGCUAUGAAGUUGGCUGUGCAUGAUGCAUUGGAAGGGGCUUUGCGUACCCUUAGCCAGCUGGCCGAUGCAUUGGCGAGGAAACGUGAGGAAUAUCAAUCGGUCCUCCGCCUCGGGAGGACCUGCCUUCAAGAUGCGCAACCCAUGACCCUCGGCCAGGCAUUUGGAGGCUACGAAGCGGUCGUCCGACGACACGCAGAGCAACUUAAAUCUGUUCGUGAGCAGUUUCUGACGGUUCCCUUGGGAGGCACAGCUGUCGGGACAGGGUUUGGGUCUCAACAAGGGUACAAGGAUGCUGUGUUCCGGCAUAUGUCAGCAUUAUUCCACGCAAAUAUACAACCGACAAAUGACGCGUUUGACGGCAUGCAAAACAUGGACACAUGCGCGCGUCUUUCAGCGGAAUUGCGCAAUACUGCAAACUCACUAUGGAAGAUCGCCAAUGAUCUGAUCAUUCUGUCCUCCGGCCCCAAUGGCGGGAUUAACGAGAUCAUUCUACCAUCAGUCCAGGCCGGAUCCUCAAUUAUGCCGGGGAAGGUAAAUCCGGUCAUCCCUAUCGCGGUUUGUCAAGUGGCCCUUGCUAUUACCGGUAACGACACCGCGAUUGCAAUGGGAUGCCAGCAAGGGAUGCUGGAAAUCAAUCACUUUGAGUUACUGGUGUGCGACCGCCUUCUCGAUAGCAUCCGUUUACUCAACGGGGCGACCGAGACCUUUGCUCGUCGGUGCAUAGACGGCAUCAUUGCAAAUGAAAAUGUUUCGCGGAAGCAUUUGCUGGCAUCCAGUGCGUUGGCCACUGCCCUCGUGCCUACCCUUGGUUAUGCGCAGGUCUCGACUAUUGUUCGCGCAGCCCUAGCAGAAAAAAGGCCGUUCCUAGAUGUUGUGAUCGAGAAAGAGUUGCUCAAUGAAAACGAGAUCAUGUCAGCCAUUGAGCGCUCGGCUCAUGGCAGUUAG